AUGGCGGCAGGAGAUCGUCUGUUGCUUUUGGCUAUUGCUGUUACCUUGACUUGUCCUACUUGCGCUGUGACUGUCGGAAUUCAUAACGUUAGGUACAGAGAACAAUUGUACAAGAAAACUGAUACAUUGAAUGGAGUUAUACUUGCAGAAGAAAGUGCGUCCAGUAGUGUGGCGUGUGCUAACCUCUGUCUUACAAAAUCCUCAGAAUGCAAGGCUGUGGCAUAUAACAAAGUUUCACAGAAAUGCCAGCUCAUCGCGGUUAACCAGGGCGCCACAACCAAGUUUAACAGUAGUUCAGAACUGAAGCUAUUCAUCGAGGUGGAUACUGACACAAGCGCCAAACCUGUGGACCUUCAUCCACCAGCUGUUCGCAACGACUCAUACAAAGUGAACGUACCCGGGAAAUCCUGGAGACAAAUUGGUUCUUCGUGCUAUUGUCACAUCACAGAGUCCCUUGACUGGUUAACUGCAAAACUACGCUGCGAAGUAAUGGGAGGGACGCUAGCUGCUAUCACAACUGCGGAUGAACACCUAGCUAUUGUGUCUUGGUUAGUCGCCGAAGGAAACACGGGACAGUUAGUAUGGAUAGGUGGGAGUGACAUCGCUGUAGAAGGCGAGUGGCAAUGGGUGACUGGAGAAGCAUUUGUAUAUGAGGAAAUGAGCAACGGCGGAAGUGCGGAUGGCGGAACUGUACAAAAUUGUCUUACGAUCAGCAUGUACAAUCAGGCAUGGAACGAUUACACGUGCGGCUCGACACUAUCAGAUACCGUUUGUGAAAAACAAUGUCGAUAA